AUGGAUCUCGCUAACCUCCUCUCCUACCCUGUCUAUACUCCCAAGGACUCGAGCUAUAAGCGCUCGGCUCCUCUGUCUCCACCAGUCGAGGAACCCAAGUGCUCGCUGCCUUCGAUCUCUGCCCUCCUUGAGGGUGCCGAUGGCCAGCACUCAGCCAAGCGUCAACGUCUCUCACCUCACCGUGAUGACAUCCGGCACUAUGAGAUGCCCCCAACACCACCCCUCCGCCCAGGCUCAGGAAACGGUCACAGCCGCGCUUCGCCAGUGACCACCAAGGAAUCCAACCACCGCUCCUCAAUCUCCAGCACCAGCUCAAUCCACAUCAACGCCCAGCCCUAUGCUUCUCCAGCCCCCAGCAUCUCCUCCUACACAUCCCCAGUGGAGGCCCCGCAACACCACCAACCAAUGUACUACACCCGCCCACCCACAGCCUCAACCUUCAACCCAGCCACGCCAGUGACAGUGCCAGCCCCAAUGCCCACGCAAAACCACGACCGGUAUAUCUGCCGCACCUGCCACAAGGCCUUCUCGCGCCCCUCCUCGCUGCGCAUCCACUCCCACUCGCACACCGGCGAGAAGCCUUUCCGGUGCACGCACGCCGGCUGUGGCAAGGCCUUCUCCGUCCGGAGCAACAUGAAGCGCCACGAGCGUGGAUGUCACUCUGGACGGCCCGUUUCAGCGACUGCCACCGCACUGGUGGUCUAG